AUGGCGUUGAAUCAAACAGUUUCCCCAGAGAGUGUCAUCAAAGAUGAGUUAUCUACUAACUUUGUUCAGAUAUGCGAGAUCAUCAUAGGGUGUUUUGGAAUCUUUGGUAACCUGACGUGUGUUCUUGUUCUAGGCCGCCGUUCUGUCCGUAACCAGACCAACUGGCUGAUAGUCAACCAAGCAGUUGUUGAUGCCUUCGUUUCGUUCUUUCUCGUGACAGCCGUCUCGACACAAAUCGCAGGCGUAUCUCCCAAGAAUAUGAACAGAGUUAGCGGGGAAAUAUUCUGUAAGUUCUGGGGGUCUCUGAGUAUUGUCUUUGGGGGCUUUGCUAUAUCAACAUUUAAUCUUACAGCCAUAUCCAUUGAACGUUACAUAGCUGUCGUACAUCCUAUCUGGUACCUUUCCCAUUUCAAACAACGUGCAAUGGUUAUCUUGAUUACGCUUGCGUGGUGUCUAGCCCCAGUUCUUCAGAUAGUAACGGUGUCCACCCAGUACGGGGUUUCUCAGGAAGGUGAGUGCUAUUACUAUCCCAAAUACAGUCAGAUCCUCGUAGCCCUGUUUUUCUGGGAGUACUUCAUGCCCAUCUGUGUAAUGACUUUCUCUUUCUUCUCCAUCAUCUUGAAGUUUCGGGAGCUAAAUAAGAUCGCCAUUGAGCGUACGCGUGAGAUCCAGAACACACCUCCCAUCCCAGGUUCAAGUGCGCCGGAAGAAGUAUCGGUCAACAGGGAGGUGGUGGCCUCGCGUCCAGCUGUGAAAACCUUACAUGUUCCUGGAGAAAUGGCAGCCAGUACCAUCCGACCUGGGAGCAGUACUUCUUCCAGAGAACCCAACAGACGUCUCGAUCAGAGAAAUCCAAUCCAGGAUAAUGCAGUCGGUAGGAUACAGAGACGCAACACAACCAAGGUCCUCUUUUCUGUUUACAUCAUAUUCCUCAUUUGCUGGAGCCCCAAUCAGUGGGCUUUUUUGCAGUUCAACCUCGGGGGCUUUUUGGACUUCAAAUCCACAUUCUAUCGUCUUACAGUGGUCAUGGGCAUUCUGAAUACCUGUAUUAAUCCGUUCAUUUACGCACUGAGACUUAAGAUCUACCAGAGAGAGUUUAAAUCCAUGAUUCAACCAUUUUACUGCCAUUAA